AUGAAGCCAACAAAACUAACAAGGAUUAAGAGCAGAUUUGACUAUGCUGAGAUUGAAUAUUUGGGACAUUUCAUCUUAGCUAAGGAGGUUAAAACUGAUGGUGCAAAGCUGAAAGCUGUGGUGGAGUGGCUUUUGCCUAAAUCUCUUAAAGCUUUGAGGGGUUUCCUAGGGCUUACUGGUUACUAUCAAAAGUUUGGUAGAGGCUAUGGCACCAUUGCAACAACCUUAACCAGUUUAUUGAAGAUAAGUGCGUUUAGUUGGAUAGAGUUAGCUACAAUGGUAGUCACUAACCCUCCAGUAUUGGCCUUAGAAGAUUUUGAUCUACCCUUUGUCAUAGAAUGUGAUUCUUUGGGUAAGGGGAUUGUGGCAGUUUUAAUGCAAUGUCAAAGGCCUAUUGCUUUCUUCAAUCAAGCUUUAUAA